AUGGCAGACAAACAGCCCCAAUGGGUUAUGACUCAAAAGAAGACGUUCACGAAGUGGGCAAAUGUCCAACUGAGUGGCGCCUUUAUUAUUAAAGAUGUUGAGAAAGACUUAGACAAUGGUCUUAUUCUGAUUGCAUUGUUUGAAGCGCUUCGUAAAAUGAAAGUGAACUUCAAGUACAAUAGAAAUCCAAAGAUGCGAGUGGCUCGUUUAGAGAACACCGAGCAAGCAUUGAAGUUCAUUAUAGCUGAUGGUGUCCACUUGGUCAACAUUGAUGCUCAAAACAUUUGUGAUGGGAACUUGAAGUUGAUUCUUGGUCUUCUCUGGACUUUGAUUUUGAAGUAUCAAAUUUCCAAGAACAAGAUGGACGCUUCUCGAAAUGCGUUGUUGGAGUGGGUCAACUCCAAAAUUGCGCCAAACAAGAUCAACAAUUUCUCCAAGGAUUGGAACAGUGGUGAUACCCUUGCUCAGCUUAUUCACGCGUUAGAGCCGACAUUUAUUGAUAUGGACGAUACUGCUAAGAAGGAAAAGGGAGCCGAUAGAAUCAGAUAUGGCGAAACUAUUGCAGAAGAUAAAAUGAACAUUCCAUCCAUUAUCGAUCCAGAAGAUAUGGCACUCCCCGAGCCUGAUGAAUUGUCUGUGAUGGCUUAUGUCUCAUAUUAUAGACAUUAUGAGGCUGAAAAGGAAAAGGCCCUUGGUGAAGCCGAACGACUUGCCAGAGAAGCUUUGUUAAUGAAAACACCGGACCCUUCAAAGUGUUUAAUGGCUGGUCCUGGUUUAAAGACAGGUGAAGUCUUAGUCCCACAAGUCUUCACAGUAACUGCCAAGAACUGCAAGAACGAACAAAUCCCAUCGGGUGGAGUGACUUGGAAUGCUCACGUCUUUGAUCCGGAAGGAAAGGAAGUUGAAAUCACACAGAAGGAUAACGGCGAUGGUACUUAUGAGAUGACUUAUAUCCCACUUGUCCCCGGCAAACACAAAGUCGAAGUUGCUUAUGAAGACAAACAGUUGAAACAAUCACCAGUCACUGUGUUGAUUGAGCCAGCUGCAGCUGAUCCAAAUAACACUUAUGCCGAUGGUGCUGGUGUCACUGAAUGCCAAGCUGGCACAGGUCCCGUCGAGUUUGUUAUUCACUCGAUGAAUAAAGUGAAUGUCGCAGUCCCAGUGACUGGCGCGAAGUAUAAAGUUCUUAUUCGAGCUCCCUCUGGCGAAGAACUUAAGUCUGAAAUUAAGGACAACGGCGAUGGAACUUAUACAGUCAAUUACUCACCAAUUCCGGGCAUUGAUACCGUCUACAUCACAUUAUUGAAUCAAGGCAUCAAGGACUCUCCAUACAAGUGCAAAGUCUUCCAAGACCCAUCGACUGCUUGUAUUGGAAAUUCGUAUGCGUAUGGUCCUGGUGUUGAAGGAAAGACUUCUAUUGACAAGACGCCGAUGUUCAGAAUCCAAGGAGUCACUCCGGAAGGAAAGAAAUGCACAAAAGGUGGCGACGUCUUUGUUGUUGAAGUUAAAGAUCCAAAAGGAAAGACUCAGAAGCCUAAAGUCAUUGACAGAAACAAUGGAAAGUAUGAUGUUAAGUAUAAGGCUAAAGUCCCGGGUGUCUAUGAUGUGACUGUUCAGUUGAAGAACCCAGAGAACGCAGAAGAGUUCAAGGACAUUAAAGGAUCCGUCUAUCACCCACAAAUCGAUGAUGGCGUUUCUGCGAAGAAAUGCACUGUCACUGGCCAAGGUAUUGAAGAACCAAAUGAUCAAGAUGAUAACAUCUUCGUUAUUAAAGCUAAGGACUUUAAGGGAGACGACGUUCCUACUGGUGGACAUCCAUUCCAAGUCAUCAUUGACCAAAUCAAAGAGUCUGAUAAGGCCAAAGCAAAGAAGGCUAAAGAGGCCAAAGAAGCUAAAAAGAAAGAAGAGAAGAAGGACGACUCUUCCUCAUCUUCAUCUUCUGACUCAUCUUCUGAUGAAGAGAAGGAAGACGACGGAGCCGAAGAUUUGUUCAACAUGUUGACUGAUGACGUCGAACCAGAUGAGAAACCAGCUGAAGAAGUCGCUGAAGAAGCUCCAAAGGAAACUGAAGAGAAGAAAGAAGAGGCCAAACCAGAAGAAGAAAUCGAAGGAAAGAAAGUCCCACAAAAGACUCAGGGCAGUAUCCCAUGCACUGUUGUUGACAAAGAAGAUGGUACUUAUGAAGUUCAUUAUAAGGCUGAAGCAGGUGAGAUCAAGGUGAAGAUCUUGUUGAACAACGAGAAGGUAGCCAAGUCUCCAUAUUACUUGGACGUCGAAGAAGAUGCCGACGCUGACGAAAGUGGUGUCGAGAACUUCUGCUUUGUCGUUGAAGCCAAGAACAGAAGAGGACAAGUCCAAACUGACGGAAAAGCCAAAUUCACAGUCGACUUGGACGGACCUGAAGGAAAGCUUGAAGACCAAAAGAUUAAGGUCAAGCAUCUCGGUGAAGGAAAGUACUUCAUCUCAUACACUCUCCCAUCUGUUAAAGGUGACUACAAUGUCAACUGCAAGUUAAACAGAAGACACAUCGCUAACUCCCCAUUCAAACAAUCAGUCAACUAA